AUGAAUGAAAUGAAAGAUGAAAACUAUAAGAGUGUUUCGAAGGCAAAAUAUCCACAGUCAAUAAUGAUGGAUAUGUCAAGAUCGUACAUGAAUAGACAAGAUAGGAUAAAUGCGCUAAAUUUAUAUAUUCAAAAAUCAUCGUAUAAUCCUCAGUUUAUUCAAGAGGAAGAGGAAGAAGAUGAUGAGACAGAAAGUGAAACAUUUGGAGAUAUAUUAUUUAAAAUAUUAACAAUUAUAUUUCCUAAUUUGUCACCAUGGAUAUGGUUUCUUAUGCAUUUUAUAAUGAAUUUGAUUAUAGUAUGUAUAAGUUUAAGCUCUUUAUCUGAACCUAAUAUAACUGAUCAGAUAUUAGACCCAAAAUAUAAUAGAGAUUUUAUAUUUGGUAGUAUAUUUUCUUGUUUUAUUAUAUUAUUUGUUAAUAUAGCAUCUUUUACAAUAAUUAUGAUAAUUCAUGCUAUUAUUCAAAAAGUAAUUAUAGAAAAGUUAUUACAGCCUAGUGCAUUAUGUUCAGCUUUUUAUAAUACAGUUGAUCCAGAAAUUGUUUAUUUAUUUUGGUCAGCUGUUCAAUUAAUAUAUUGGCGUAGUAAUAUGAUAUUAAAAAAUGGAACAAAUGAAAAUGGGAAUUAUUAUAUAUUACGAAUUUUUGGAUAUAAAGAUGCUGAUAACCCUUUUAUGUUUUUAAGUACAAUACAUUGGUAUAUAACAUUCCCAUUAUUAUUAUAUAUAGUAUUUGCUGCACGUUCUUUAUUUUUAUCUAUAAUAUCCUUUACAUUUGAACUUGGGUUUUUGAUGAAUGCUCAUGAUUUAUUAGAAAGAUAUUUAAGAAAAUAUGGUAUUUUGCGUCGAUUUAAUAUUGAAUGGUUUAUGUUUAUAGCUGACAAACAGGAAAAUAUUCGAUCCCUUUUUGGUCAUGAAUUAUAUCAAGAUGAAAAAGUAAUAAGACAGUUAGAAAUAGAUGAUAUGAGUAACCAAUUUAUUCAAGAUAAAGCAGAAUUAUUAUUAUUUAAAAAUUUACCUCGAAAUUGUACAUGUUGUAAAAUAUCAUUAAAUAAAAAUAAACAGAAUGCUAUGAAAUUAUUGUUACCAUCUAUUUUUGAACCUAAAAAUAUUGCAAAAUCCGAAAUUUCUUCUAUCAAAAAUUGGCUAGCUUGUCAUUAUGUUGUUAAUACACAUCCUAUCCUUUUCUUAUUAAAUAAUAGUAUAUCCUUAACUAAUAAAGAAUCAAUUAAAAAUGGGUCUGAUAUACUAUUUAGACAAAUUAUUAUGUCUUUAAAAAUGUAUUAUCAAGAAAAAAAUGAUACAUAUGCAUUUACAGAAUCUCCAAUGAAUAUUGUAUCUUUUGAAGCUAUGUCAUCAAAUAAGAACAUUCAAAGUGUAAAACUAAAUAAGGAUCACACUCGAGUAAAAGUACAAGGUUCAUUUCCUUAUCAAAAUAAAGACCUUUUAAAUAGUCAUAAGGUUGAUUCUGAUAAUAGGACUCAAAAAAAAAUUAACUUGGAAAAUAUUUUUAAUGACAUUGAUCAAGAUGCACCAUUAGGAAAUUCAUACAAUAAAGAACAUUCCGAAAUAAGGGAAAACAAAAGAGUCGAAAGCCGAAGAACUGAUAAAAAUAUUAAGAGUAGUAAAUUGAGAGAUCACGACGACGACGAUGAUGAUAUAUAUGACAGAAAUGCAAGUGGCAGAAGAUCGAGUGGAAAAAAUAAACCCAAAGGAAAACAAAAAAGAAAUAAAAGUAUUAAAACAAAUAAAAAUGAUGAUAUUGAAAGGGGAAAUGAAAAAUAUGAAGAAAACAGAAAUCUUGAUGAUGAUAGGAUAGUUUCAUCACCAUUAUUAGAAAAAGAUUCAAGAGGAAAUAAAAAUAAAUUAAGGGAAAAUUCAAUAAAAUAUGAACAUUUACGUAAAUAUUCAAAAGAUGACGAACCUGAAAUAAAUAAUAGAAAUGAUGCAAUUGAUACAUUAAAAACAUUUGGAAAAAUGGAAAAAUAUAAAGACAGAACAAUAAAUUCACGAGAAUCAGCAUAUUCAGAUAAAAUGCAAUAUAAUGUAGAAGAAAAUGGAAAACAAUCUAAAGAAAGUACAACUGUUGAAGGAACAAAAUUUAAUAUUUGUAUUACCCCUUCAUUGUCAAAUAUACAAAAUAUGGAUACAAAUAAAAAGGUAGAUAUAUCUAAUGAAGGAUCUAUAAAUGACGACUAUAAUAAUGGCAAUAGUCAAAAGAUCAUUUCAGGAGAUGAAUGCUUAAAAACAAGCGAUAAAUUUGGUGUAAAUGAAAUAACAAAAGAUGAAGAGGGUUAUUAUCCAAAUAUAGAAAAUUAUAAAAGUAUAACUGUUCAGAUUAAAGAUUAUACUAUUGAUGAUGUUUUAAAAAAAAAGUGUACAUCCGAUUCGUUACACAAAAGUGAAAUAGGAAUAAAUGAAAAUGGCAAAGAUAGGAAAUAUUAUUCUCAAUCAAAAGACAAUUUUUUAAAUACUGAUACAUUGAAAAAUGAUAAAGAAGCUGAACGAAACGAAUUAAUGUUUAGUAAAGAAAAGAAAUUUGGUUCUUCCCUCUUUUUAAAGGAAAAUAGUAAUUCACAAGAUAAAAAUACAAUGGAAAAUAAUUUAUAUAAUUUGGAAAAAGAAAAUAGUAGUUUUGCAGCUGGCCCUAUCAACCCUAAUGGAAUGUCUCAAAAGAUGCUCAUUUUAAAAAAAAAUAUGAAUGGAAAUGAUUUGGGAAAAAGUAAUAGACAAAUGAGAAGUUCAAUAAAUAAAAAUACUUAUAUAUAUAACUCUCGUUUUUUAAAUGAUGAUUUGAAUAUAUUAGAAAGAAGUGAUAUGGGAAAUGCGAAAAGAUUAAAAGAGAAUAAAAAGGGUCGUUUUUCAAGUUGCUUAUGUUUAAGAAAAGAUAAAAAAGAAAAAUUUAGUAAAAUAAAAAAGGAUAUAUCUCUAGAAAUAGAUGACCCAUUUAUUUCGAAUUUUAAAAGUCCUAUGCAAUUAAAUAUAAAUGGAAACGAGUUUAUAACAAAAGAAAUGCUUGAAGUAUUUUUAAAACCAGAUGAAGCAGAUGAAUUUAUGAAAGAAUUUGAUUUAUCUGGGCAUGGAAAAAUUGAUAUAAUUAUGUUUAGAACUGCAAUAAAAAGAGCAAUAGCAUGUAGAAAAAAGUUUAUAAAAAGUUUAAAAGGAAAAGAAAGUAUAUUAAAAUUAGUAAGAAGAUUAAUGUCAAUAUUAAUGUCCUUUUUAGCAUCUGUCGUGUUGUUAUUUAUAUUUGGAGUUUCAGCUGAUACGAUUAUUGUUACUGGUGCAGCUUUUAUAACUGCUGUAACAGUUAUACUAAGUUAUAUGUAUACAAGUUUUAUAACAUCAGUUAUAUUUAUAGCUUUUUCUAAUCCAUAUAAUAUAGGAGAUAGGAUAAGAUUGGAUGGGGGUGAAGCAAUGUAUGUUAAAAAAAUAAAAACAUAUACUACUGAAUUUGAAACAACAACAGGAAAAAUUGUUAUAUAUGAAAAUUCUAAAUUAAGUAAUGCAAAAAUAUAUAAUGAAAGUAGGUCAAAAAAUGCAUAUAUAGAUAUAGCAUUUAAAGUAGAUAUUAAUACACCAUUAUUAGCAUUAAAAGAAUUAAGAAAAAGUUUACAAUUUUUAGUUGAUAGCAGACCUAGUGAUUUUUGUAAAACAAAAAAUUUAUAUUAUGGAUAUUCAUUACAACCUGGCCAUUUUUAUGAAAUAAGUUUUUGGAUUAAAUGUGUAGAAGGAUGGGGAAAUUGGAGAAAAGUAUUUGAAUUGAGAACAGAUAUAUAUGAUUUUAUAAUAUUACAAUUAAGAUUAUUAAGUAUAUCCUAUAGAUUACCAACACAAAAAGUUGGCUUUACUGCUCCUUUAAAUGUUAUAUCUAAUAAUGCCAAUAAUAACAAUAAUAAUAAUAAUAGUAAUAAUAUAAAUAUUCCUCGAAAUAAGCAAGGUAAUUAUUAUUCUUCCCCUCCAAAAGACCCCAAACAAGCAGUAUUUACUUCAGAAGUUAAGCAUAGCCGAAUGUUUUAUGCACCUUCCUUUGAUAAGGACAAUGAUAUAUAUGAUAAUAAUUUAUUUAGAGAAGAAAAAUAUCAAAACAUGCACAAUAAUAAUGAUACGUUUUUUUAUAAUAAUAAUAAUAAUAACAAUGCACUUCCUCUUUGUGAUGAUAAUAUGAGCAUAUAUAUGAAUGGGGAAAAUAGAAAUAAUUGUACAACCUUGAACGAAAAUAAUCACAUGGAUAUGUCUUUCAUGAACAAUAAUGAAAACAGGUUAGUGCAUAGAAAGACAAUUCAAAAUGUUAGAAAAGUUAAUGAAUAUUUUGUUAAUUCUAAUAGAUUCGCUAAAGCCGCAAUGAAUAAUCUCCCUAAUAAUAUUUCAGCAUAUCAAGGCAAUUUUAACAUGUAUACAGAAAAAUAUAAAAGUUCAAAUUUAACUGAUAAUGCGAAAAAAAAUUGUAACACAGAUACGGAACUUAAUAUGGAUGGAAGUUUCAUAAAUCAGCCAUCUCAGGAAAUAGAACUAAAAAAUGGCCAAACCGAUUUUUUGGAAAACAAAUUGACAAAUAAUAAUUAUUCUAAUAAUAAAGAUUGUGAUAGGAUAAUAAAACCCGAUAGUAUUAUAGAUGAUAGACAAAAUGGAGGGUAUAGAAAUAUUGAAGAACAAAAUAGAAUUCAGCUUGGUGGACUAAACAAUAAUGAAUAUUCACCUAAACCAUUUACUACAUCUAACCAAUUUGAUGGAAUUACACAAGGAUGUUAUAUAAAUGAACCUAACAGAUUUAAUAAUGCUUAUAUAGGAAAUAAUGGAAACAAUAUGGGUAAUAAUUAUUAUGAAGGAAUAACUUCAAAGGGGCAAUAUAGCGAAGAGUACACAGAAGAAAUAAAUUUUAAUGAAAAUAAUUAUUUGUCUUAUGAUAGUUCUUCUGGUUAUGACAGUUUUGAAUGUGUUAAACAAUUUUCUAAUCUUCAUUAUAGAAAUAGUGAAAAAAACAAUGAUAAAAAAAAUACAAAAUAUACCCUUAAUAAAAAAAAUAAAUAA